CCCUCCUCUCCUCUGUUCUCUAUCUUUCGCUGUGCACGGUCGCGCCACUUCCGCCGCUAAUGUUGCGUGGCCUGCAGGAGCGGGUAGUCUAGUCCCGAUCAGGCAAUUCCCCGUGCGCGGAAUAUAACUCUUCUUCUGGUAAUUCUCUGCACUGUUGUAGAUAGUUGAUGCAUUAGUAGAGAGAUGUGUGUUGAUAGUAGUUGUAUUGUCAUCUACUUGUUCUUAUGUCAAUCAACAUCAUCAUCAUCCUCAUCAUCUCUAUUCAAAUGAACAGACACAGUUAUAUAUAUACACACACAGAGACAACAGACCUCCCGGUCUUAGGCCUCUUCUCCGUCAAGUACCUCGCUAGUCGUGUUCAAAUAAGAAAUCUCCCGGUGGCUGCCUGCUCCUGUCUGUACUUGAUAAGCCACCCUCAUCGCCACGGCCACGUCGCCGGAGGAGAUGUGUAUUAUUACUGUGUUGUUGUUGCUGUUGUUCUUUAUAUGUGCUGUUUGUUGUUUGUUGUUGUUGUUGUUGUUGUUGUUGUUGUUGUUGUUUGUUGUAUGUCUAGUAUAUCUGCUGUCUAUACAUCUACACUCUCAAUACUCAACUACUCAACUACUACCCUCCUCGUAUCUACUAUCUCCACCAGGUCGUGCGCAACCAUGUGCCAGACGGGAGGUCGUGCGCCGGUCGUGCCCUGCCCAGACUGCUGCCUCCGCCUUAUCAAUCCUAUCGCCUGCUAUCUGAUUAAACCAUCGCCCGUUGCUCGUUCUGGUAUUUUUUGCCUGCUCGCUCGUACGAUGGCCCUUAUGUCCAUGCUGCUGCUGGUGCUCUGAUGUCCCUGCCACGUCGCUGUCGUAGUUGCCAUCUGUGCGCUCGCUUCUUGUCUGUGUUCUGUUGUUCCUAUAGUCCUAUGCUCUAUCUCUAUAUCUAUCUCUAUAUCCAUCUCGGGUCUAUGCUACUUCUACAGCCAUCAGACCACGUCAACUGCUCAAUCAGUCAAUAGUCACCUCAGCCAUGCGGCACAGACACCCACAGACACCCACCCAGCACCAGCGGCGGCGGAGGCGCACGACGGCGCCGGAGUUAGAGUCACCGCUGAGGCCUCUUGCUGUCCAACAAUGCCCCGCUGCUCCUGUAUUCUUCUACCAUAUCGUCAUCAUAAGAAUAAUAGCAUGAUUGUAGUCGUAUAUAUCUGCAUUGACUUCAUAUGUAGUAUAUUGAUAGUGUCUGUUGGU